AUGGCUACUAGCCUCUUGCGCUCCGUGGCUCGUCUCGCCCAGAGGCCUAGCCCCUCGUGUUUCUACCUUCCCACUCAGCACCUUCAGACAUUGCCUCUGAACCAGCUCUGGUCUCCGGAGAAACCAGUCGUAACACAUCCGUACUCGAAAGGUGGAGCCCAAGCAUGGAUCACCAGGCUGUGGACUCAAGAGCGACUUGGUCUCAUGGAGCUAGACCCAUCUGUGUUCUGUGUAAGACCUCGCUUCGAUAUAAUUCGUGAAGUGUGUAGGUGGAAGAGGGAGUGUGACAAACAUGGAGCUCAGAGUUCGAUGAGAAGAUGUGAUUUGGGAAUUACUGGUAAGAAGAUGUGGGCAAACUCAGGCACUGGUCGUGCUCGACACUCCAACGCCGCUGCACCUCAGUUUAGGAAGGCCAGGAAUACAGAUGCAUGGGGCUUGAAACCGUAUGACCGAUCCUUCAAUGUUCCCUUAAAAGUGAGAAGACUUGCCAUGCGCAGCGCGUUGAGUGUACGCUAUGCCCAAGACUCGCUUUUCAUUGUGGAUGCACUGAGCAUUGCCCAGGUGAAUUCGAACAAGAUUGAUCUAAUGCUGAAAAGCUUUGGAUGGAAGAAGGUGCUGUUUGUGCGUGAGGAUCCCAGCUGGAAGUCGUACCUGAAUGAGCAUUACGUGGAUGUGUAUCAGCGGGAUUGGGACGACUUCAUGAAAGCAGCCAACAAAGUGCAGAACGUAAAGUGUGUGACAAUGAGUGAGAUGACAACGUUUGAGGUGACCAAUCAUACCACUAUUGUCCUGACAGUUCCAGUCGCCAGGGCUUUGGAAGAGCAGCUGCAUUGGGUGUAG